GUGGGCGUGUCCCGCCCCGCCCUCCCGCGCUGCGUCCCGCGGCCCCGCCCCUUACCCCGACCCCGCCGGUCAUGGCCUCGCUCGUGGUCGCCGCGGCGCUGCUGCUGCUGCUGCUGGGGUCGCCCGGGGCGGCUCAGGACCCCCGGAAGCCGAAUCCCACCCCGAGGAGACCGGAAGCUCCGCCCCCGGACGGUUUCGACCUCAGCGACGCCCUGGAUGGAGACGACCCCGCCCCUCCCCGCCCACCGCAGUCGCCCAGACCGGAGCCAAAGAAACCUCAGCCUGCAGGAGACGACUUCAGCCUGGAGGACGCGGCCGACCCCAGAGGCCCGGGAGGCGGAGCUGGCCCUAAAGGGGAGGAGCCGGAAGCGGAAGGGACGCCCCAGGGCCUGGUCCCGGGCGUGGUCGCCGCGGUGGUCGCCGCCCUGGCCGGGGCAGUGUCGAGCUUCGUGGCCUAUCAGAAGAAGCGCCUGUGCUUCCGGGAGAGCGGCCCCGCCCCCGUGUAGCCGCCCCAUGUUGCCAUGGCCGCUGACGUCACCGUGGCCACGCCCCCUCCAGCCACUGCUGCUUCUCCAGCCCGAGGGACCCGGAGGCCGCUCAUCUACAUAUGCAAAUCAGGCCGGAGGCGCAUUUGCAUCUCUCCAUAGAGCCCUGCGGGAUGGGCGGGGCCAGGCGCCCCUCAUUUGCAUAACGCGGUGCCAUUUGUUCCCAAUUAGAGAGGAGUUGAAUGGC